AUCACGAGUUUUUUGAACAUGCCUUCCUGUGAAUGUUAUUUUUAAUCAGAUAUGCUCUACAAUGAAUUAUCAGUUGCUACUUCCUUCCUGCGGAAAGCAUUGUUUACAUAAAAACUCCUAUAAAAAGGGUUUUGAAAAUGAAGAUCCUGGGUAUAGAAUUUGCUCCUCUUAUGAUCCCAAUCGAAAGACGUCUGCAAACUGCAUCUGUUUUUUAUUAUUGUACUAAUUUUUUGUUUUUUGGUUUUGCUAUGCUAUUUCUAAAUUUUUAUCUUUUAUUUACAAGUUAUUUUUUCAUUCCACUUUCUUAUCUCAUAUGGUAUAUUUAUGAUCGAAAGAGAAGUUCUCAGGGUGGUCGACGCUCAGAUUGGUUCAGACGUCUACCAAUGUGGAAAUAUUUUGCAGAUUAUUUUCCCAUCAAAAUGGUAAAAACAGCCGAUUUAGAUCCAAAUAAGAAUUACAUUUUUGGAUAUCACCCACAUGGUAUAUUUUGUUAUGGAGCAUUUGCUUGUUUUGGUACUGAAGCAACAAAUUUCAGUGAGCAAUACCCUGGAAUUACUGCACGAAUUUUGACAUUGGAAGGACAAUUUAUGUUCCCGUUUCACAGAGAACAUAUCAUGUGUUCAGGGGUGUGUGCUGCUUCAAAAGAAAGCAUUGAGUGGAAUUUAACAAGAGAAGGAAAAGGAAAUGCUCUAGUUCUUGUUGUUGGUGGAGCCGCUGAAGCGUUAGAUGCUCAUCCAGGAUCAGUAACAUUGGUUCUGAAAAGGAGAAAAGGAUUUGUGAAACUUGCACUCAAGCAUGGAGCUUCACUUGUUCCAGUUUUUGCAUUUGGGGAAAAUGAUAUAUUUGAGCAAGUUAAAAAUCCACAUGGCUCUUUUCUACGUAACAUUCAAGAAAAGUUGAAGGUGUUUCUUGGUUUUUCUACUCCUCUUAUUCGUGGACGUGGAAUUUUCCAAUACAGUUUUGGAGUUUUACCGUACAGGAAACCUAUUCAUGUUAUAAUUGGACAACCUAUUGAUGUUGAGAAAAUUUCAGAGCCGACGCAGGAAGACGUAGAUAAACUCCAUCAGCUUUACGUUGACAAAUUGACCGAUUUGUUUAAUGAACAUAAAGUCAAGUAUGGCCCUGACCUGAACUUUAUAAUAAGUUGAGUUAUUCUUGUUUAACUUUAAUAAGGUUUUCAAUUAUUCUUUAAAAUUGUGAUCAUUAUUAAAUAAUUUCAGUGAUAUAUUACUUAAUUUGUAUUCUAAUGUACUUGAUGUGUGAUAAAAUGUGCCAAAGAUCAAAUUCAUUGGAUUUUGAAUAUAUUUAAGCUCAAUUUUGAAUUGUAAUUGCAAAAAGUUUUUUUCCUUACAAGGUACCAUAUUUUUACUUGAUAUUGUAUUAUUUUUUAAUUCUUUGUUAUUUUUGUGUUCCAUUUUUCUUACUUUGCAUGAUGUCCAACAGUGAACUUAGGGUGCAGAAAUUCAUCAAAACUAAUUCUCAUGCUUUCAAAAUCUAUAUACAAAAGAUAUCAGAUUGAUGUUGAAAAAAAAAAUCUGUUUCCAUUUGAAGUUCGUCUUGCAUUUAUAAUUUUAUAUUAAUAAAAGAAGAAAAUUUCUUAGGAAGUAUAUUAUAAGUUAAAAUAUACAAUGAAAUCUUGUUGCAAAUUUUUGACUCUUUAUGAAAAAUUACCUCAAUUUAAUGUCUAUUAAAAUAAAACUGAAAAUAUAUACUCUUUAAACAAACAUAUUUACUAUUGAUAAUAGGGUAGUUGCCUUUUGACCUCAACAUUUCUCUCUCCAAAAUCAGAUUCUGCUUAUUAGUCCAUGUCAUAGUACUUUACUUGGAGAACUUUUAUCUUAAUUUGGUCUUCAUGUGGUUGCUAUGGGAAUUUUUUUAAAUUCCUUUUAAAACCUGAAGUUUUAAUAAUGCAGCAUUGUUGUCAGCAUUUACAGUUCUUUGUUAACUGUCAACCGUACUUUGUAUGUUAUGCCGUUUGUUACAAAUUUGAUGUUCUUUAGAAAAAUAUAAUUUGAGGGAAAAAAGAAACUGAAUCGAACACUAGAAUUUUAGCACCACCAGAGUUGUUAAAAAAAUAUAAUGCCAAAGAUUAUAAUAGAUAAAUUCAAAAGCAGAUGAACUAAUAGGUAAAUAAACUAAAUUGAAGUUAAAGGGAUACCAACUAGCUAGACAGUUUAAAAUUUUACAUCUAGUGAAAUAUUUUUCAAUAUAAAAUCAAAACAUAUGUUCCCAGCUAUUUUACAUGCUUUCAAAAUACCUUGGUACAUAAAGGGAAAAAAAGGCAAAAAGUUAGUUCUUGAGAACUGCAGUUGAAAUAUCUAGUCAAUUCAUUAAAGUUUUGAUCCUGUCACAUUUUAAUAAAAUAUUAGAGCUUAUUAUUAAUAUUCUUCUUUACUAUCUUCCUAAAAGUUGGAAGUAUUCUUUUUAUCAUCAUAUUCUCAUAUUCUGUCUGCAGGAUGUUAGUGUAAAGUUUUUUUUUUUUUACUUUCGGUCUUAUUUUGCAAUUAAGUUUGUGGCAAACAAUUUACAAAUUGAAAAAUGAUUGGAAUGUUUCUGUUGCUAUUAAAAAAGAUUUUAAUUUAUUUUGUUUUAUCAGAGUUCAUAGAAUUCAACCAGUUUUUCUCAAUUAUCUACUCAUAUAUUGUGCAAUAAGAAGGUGUGGUCAUAGCAGAUUUAUUAUUAGUUAAAAAAUUUGUUUAAAAAGGCAGCGAAAAAAAUUUAGUCACUACUAGUUGUGCAAUUUAUAUGGUAUAGUUUGAAAUGCAUUUCCAUUGUUCCUAUUGCAUUAAAUAUUUAUGUGCAUACAUUAAACUUUCAAAGAUUUAUAUAAAACUGUUUGUUAUAAUGCUCAUAAAUUUAAAGGGGGGUGACGGGAUUGUUUAUUGGAGAUCAUUUGGAAGUAACAUAUUCUAACAUGUAGUAUUCUUCAUGACAAAACU